AUGGCAUUUGAAAUUGAGGCGGCAUUCAAGGACGAGCUCCGAUAUGUCGAAGCCCGUGAUACACGGUCAGAAGAGGAAAUCCUGGCUUCCAUCAGAGAGCCGCAAGUAUCUGCGGAUACUUCAGAAAAAAAUAUAUGGGCCUUCUGGCACUCUGGCCUCGAUAGCAUGCCGGGCUGGACACAGCGCAACGUCGUGGGCUGGGCUAGACUGUGCGGUCCCUCCUGGACUGUCCGAGUGCUCGACACGGUUCCAGGCUCGCCAAACAAUGCUUUGAAGUACAUUCCUGCCGAACUCCUCCCUGAGACGUUUGUCAAGGGCACAAUGACGGGCGUCUACGUCGGCCCUCACAGCGCCGACUUCCUAAGGGGUGCGCUCCUAUAUCUCUACGGCGGUGUGUUCAUGGAUGUUGGUAAUAUUCUUGUGCGCAAUAUGGACGAUAUGUGCUGGAAUAUACUCUCCGACCCUCAGAACCCGCGCCAGGUCAGUGUGCCCUGGAUGUACAGCACGACCAUGGCGAAUCAUUUUGUCGCUGCCCGCAAAAACGAUCCAUUUAUUAAACGCUGGCAUGACCUCUUUAUCCAUCUCUGGAAAGGCCGCGACACGUACGAGGGCAUGUCUGCCAAUCCCCUUGUAAGCUAUAUUCUGAAAAAAGACCUGUCCGAAUCGGCCGGUCGUGGGUUUGGCUGGCAGUUCAAGAUUGAACCGCUCGUUAUUUUUGAAUACGUCAUGCAGGUCGUCUCGUGGGACAGAUUGUGCGCGCUGGAAGAUGCUGGAGACGGAUUCAGCUGCGCCGACUACGCGCGUGACAAUAUCCUGUGGUUUGACGCACUAGAAGAAGACUGGGCUGCCGAAACAGUCGCCGGCUUUACGGGUCAGAGCGUCUUUGACGCCCUGGCCACAAGGCUGGAUGCUGACCCAAACUCGGAAAGGUACAAGAUGGCUCAUGCCAUGACUUGGAGGAUCUUGACCAAGUCGAGCAUGCAAAAGGUUUCGCGUGGUAAGAAUCUUACCAAAACCCCAGCGCUGGGUUUGCUGUGGGAUCUGCCUGAGAAUCAGGGUAAGGACUUCGAAAAGGGAACCUUUGCCGAGCUUCUUAGAUAUGGAAGUGUUCAUUUUGAGCAAACACGUCCGGAAAUCGCAGCUGUGCAGACCAAGAAGCCAAAGGUGACGAUGCGAAAGGGAGUUUUUGAGCCAUAG